AUGAAACGAAUGCUAGUGAGGAAUCUUUGCAGCAUGAUGAAAUUUAUCGAUAUUGGAGCAAAUCUGACCGAUCCCAUGUACCAAGGGAUCUACAAUGGAUCGGGCAAACACGAACCCGAUUUGUGCCAUGUUCUUCACCGUAGCUGGACCGGCGGAUUGGAUAAAAUAAUAGUGACGGUGGGAACACUUUCCGACUGUGAGCCAACGUUUGAUAUCGUCCGAAAUGAUGAAAGGCUGUUUGCCACGGUAGGCUGUCAUCCGACACGCUGCGGAGAAUUUGUUCCAGAUCCUGAAGGGUAUUUCACGGCGCUUUGCAGUCAGAUCGAGGAACAUCCCGACAAGGUGGUUGCGGUUGGAGAAUGUGGUCUCGAUUACGAUCGUUUACAUUUCUGCGAGAAAGACAUCCAGCUGAAGUACUUCGAGAAGCAGCUUGAACUGGCCUCAAAAUACGAUCUACCGUUAUUUCUGCACUGUCGCAAUGCACACGACGAUUUCAUCGAUGUUCUGCAGCGGAAUCUGGACAAACUACCGAAGCGUGGUGUAGUACACACCUUCGAUGGUACACUGGAAGCCGCGGAAACAUUAAUAGCGCAUGGGUUCGCUAUCGGGAUCAAUGGUUGUUCGUUGAAAACGGAAGAAAAUCUUAGUGUCGCUUCACAGAUACCGGACGAAUGGAUUAUGGUGGAAACGGAUAGUCCCUGGUGCGAGAUACGACCAUCCCACGCAGGGUCGAAACACGUGAAGAGCAAGUAUCCUACCGUGAAGAAAAAGGAAAAGUGGGAACCAAACUCGCUCAUUGCCGGUCGAUGCGAACCGGUCAUGAUAAGCCAAGUAUUGGAAGUGUUAGCAGGUAUUAAAGGGAAGCCAGCGGACGAGCUUGCCGAUCAGUACUACAAAAACACACUGAAAAUGUUCUUCCCAAAGCAGGUGGCGAACAGUUAG